CAACGCACAACAUCAAAACAAGAUGUUCGCCGGAGGUGCGGAUAUCAUGUGAUGAAUGCAGGUCCUGUGCUUUUUCGCUUGGCCAACGUGUAAAAUAUGGGUUGAAAAGGCAUAAAAACAGCAAGGCAGAAGACAUAUACGUAUGUGCAGCACAAUUGGUAUUAACCAGUGUGCUAUAGAAUGUAUAAAUUUAGUAAACAGACAGCGAAAAUGGCAAACGCUGUCGGUGGAACUGUCUGUAUCAUCUUGCUGUUUUUAUUAUUCACGGGUUACUACGCUUCGGGAGGCAACGUCCGUUCUUCCGUCACCGUAAAAACGACCCCGAGUGCUCGUACGGCGAAGUUCAAGUCUCAUCAUGUUCCGGAAACCAACGUAUCCGAGGUAGUUCAUAAUGGCACCGAAACCAACAAUACAUUAUCCCCUAUUUCGACGUCCUCGUCUACACCUGAUCCUGAUGGUGCGGAACCACUGUUGACACACAAAAAUUUAGCUGAAGAAGAACAUCAUUCCAGCAUGACAAUAUUUUUUGCUCUGAGUGUAAUAGCUGUCUGUAUUUUGAUGAUUCACUUCCUCAUUCAAGCUAACUUCGAGUUCUUACCAGAGAGUGUGGUUGUGGUUUUAAUUGGUGCACUCAUUGGGCUGCUUUUGAAACUAAUUUCAAGUCAGCAUCUUGGAAACUGGCAGAAAGAAGAAGCUUUUAGUCCGACCACAUUUUUUCUUGUCUUGCUACCUCCCAUUAUUUAUGAAUCUGGCUAUAACCUUCAUAAGGGCAACUUCUUCCAGAACAUUGGCUCAAUCUUAAUUUUUUCAAUAGUUGGCACAACAAUAUCUGCUCUCGUUAUUGGAGGAGGAGUCUACCUGCUUGGGCUGGCUGAUGUUGCAUACCGUCUAGAUUUCUCAGAGAGCUUUGCAUUUGGCUCUCUUAUUUCGGCCGUUGACCCUGUAGCCACAUUGGCUAUUUUUCACGCGCUUGACGUGGAUCCAAUCCUUAACAUGCUUGUCUUCGGCGAGAGCAUCUUGAAUGAUGCUGUAUCUAUCGUCCUGGCGACGACUGUCCUGGAAUCUGCGAGUCCAGCGAUGUCGUCCCUAACAACAGGGCAGCUAGUCGUCUAUGGAGUCCAGCGUUUUUUCCUCGUUUUCUUUGCAUCUGCUGGAAUUGGGGUUGCCUUCGCUCUAGUUGCUGCACUGUUGUUGAAAUAUGUUGAUCUCCGUAAGAACCCGUCCAUAGAGUUUGGAAUGAUGCUUGUAUUUAUCUAUGCUCCUUAUGGCCUCGCUGAAGGAAUUCAUUUGUCAGGGAUUAUGGCCAUUCUGUUCAACGGCGUUGUCAUGUCCCAUUAUACACACUUCAAUCUGUCGUCUGUGACUCAGAUUACUAUGCAGCAGACGCUGCGUACUUUGUCUCUUAUCUGCGAGACAUCUGUGUUUGCCUAUCUUGGCUUGGCGAUCUUCAGCUAUCGUCUCAUCAUUAAACCGUCUCUCAUCAUUUGGAGCAUAGUACUAUGUUUACUUGGGCGAGCUGCUAAUAUAUACCCCCUGUCCUUCUUACUAAAUUACUUCAGGGAGCACAAAAUCACAAGGAAGAUGAUGUUCAUCAUGUGGUACAGCGGGCUCAGAGGAGCAAUUGCCUAUGCCUUGGCAAUGCAUCUGGACGUCGAUGAUGAGAAGCGUCAUGUCGUUGUCACCACAACCCUCAUUAUAGUUCUUUUCACAAUUCUCGUGAUUGGUGGUUCUACAAUGCCUCUGCUUAAGUUCUUGAAAGCCAAUAAGAUGACAACGCGCAGAAAGAGAGGGCCAGCUCGUAAAGUUACCUUGAGCAAAACAAAAGAAAUGGGGCAAACAAUUGAUGCCGAACAUCUUUCGGAACUAACGGAAGAAGAAUACGAAGUGAGCUUCAUGAAGAGUAACCUGAAAGGUUUCAUUCUACUAGACGUAAAGUAUCUUAUCCCCUUCUUCACACGAAGGUUUACACAAAAGGAGGUGAAAGAUGCCAAAAUUCAGAUGACGGACCUAACAAACAAGUGGUACCAGGCUAUCCGGGCACCCCUCGACGAGUCUGACGAGGGCUCUGAGGAGGAUAUUGAGGAAGGGUGACGUACACAGUAACGCUAGUAUCGUAGCUGGCCACAUACGUACAGUGGAGUUUUAGGUGUCCCUGUUUUAUGUGCAAGCUUGGUAUCUUGUGAACACAUAUCUCUGGGUAUUGCAAGCAGUAUGGGUGAACUUGUUCAUGACGUGUUAUGGUUAGGGCGCUGUGUUCUCUAACUCGUUUUUGACAAGACUUGGAGGUUAUACUUUUUUGAAGAAAUUGGUGGUUAAAUAUUCAGCUUUUUUAAACGUUACAUAUCUUUUAUAAAAAAAUCUAUGAGAGCAUCACAAAAGGGGGUUUUUGCGGGUGAGUUAUGCGGCCAGGCGGACGUUGUGUCGGAAAGAGUAUGUGACUACUACGA